GACAGUUUUUAUAAUACUAAUCAACGAUACAAUGAGCAAAGACAUCUAUAGUCCAGUAUCACCGCGUGUCAAUCGCCUAGAAUUGCUAACGUUUGAGGAGUGUGAAAAGAUAUUGAAAGCUGUGCUCGCAGAUCAACAGCAAAAGGGAAAACUGAAUGAGUUCAAAAUUGUGCCAGCCAUCGAACAUGUGGGCUUUCUAGGCGAAUAUUAUCAUCUGAUACUUAGCUAUCAAUUGGCAAGUGAGUCAGAGCAGCGCUCAACGCGUCUCUUUGUCAAAUCUGUGAUAUACGAGAGUGCUAAUAUGAGCUACUACGAGGAGAAGAAGUCCAUAAUCAAAAAGGAGGCGAAGCUAUACGAAUUGCUGCUGAAUGAUUUGAAAAAGUUUUCCGCCCAUGUUUGGUGUGCCAAGUGCUACUUCACACGAGAUGAUUUGUUUGUCAUGCAAAAUAUCGAAGAUUUGGGCUAUAGAUCGCUGCCUGCCGGCACACGAUUUCUCAGCGAGCAGCAAUUGUUGCCCAUGGUCAAGGCUUUGGCUACGCUGCAUGCCAGCAGUGUGGCCUAUGAGAAAUGCCAUCGUUUGACCAUUGGCGUAGCAUUCAAGGACUGGCUGCUGGAGAAGUCUAUCGAUCCCGAUAUUGUGUGGUGGACAACAGGCAUAAAGGCUGUGCUGGCUGUGGCCGCUGCUCAUCCUCGAGUUGCCAAUGAUGCAGCUGCUCAGGAAUAUAUAGUCAAUGAGCUGCCACGCUGUCUGGAUCGUGUCUACUUUAUGGUCAAUCCGUCGCCCGUGCAUCGCAACGUCUUUCUGCAUCGCGAUGCCUGGGGCGGCAAUGUCUUCUAUCAUCAGGAACAGUCACAGGAUGUGGGCUGUGUGCUCGUGGACUUUCAGCUCUGUCGCUAUGCACCGCCAGCUGUGGACCUGCUCAUGGCCAGCUACCUGAACGUGGAGCCGGCGCAGCGCAGGCAGAUAAUGGAGCGCCUAACGAGCUGUUAUUACGAGCACUUGGUAGAGGAGCUCAAGGCCAUGGACAUCGAUGCCCAGCACGAGCAGUUGAGCCGUGCAGACUUUGAGCAAUCCCUGAAGGACUUUGCGCUCUUUGGUGCCACCUACAAUUGCAUAGCUGCCACAAUACUACGCCUGCCCGACAACUAUCUGAAGCAGCUGAAGGACGAGCAGCCCAUGGAAUUCCAUCGAUUCUGCAAUGUCGAUCGCACCGCAGCAGUAUUAAGAUUGAUGACUCAACAUGAGGAUUUUCGUAGUUAUAUAUAUGCCUGUGUCGAAGAUUUACUGGAACUAACCUACUAUAAAGAAGCCAACUGAAAUGGCUCAGUCUUAUCUGCAACGCACACGCAUUGCCCGCCUAGUAACUCGUCUUAUCAGC